GCCCGGGUGGGCGUGUUCGCCAACAUGGACGGAAAUGGAGCCGCUCUGGGGCAAGACUCGGUGAAAGAGCUGCUUUUGGAUGGGCAGGCAGGUUAUCUUCUUCUGUCUCUUCCUGCCAUGAUGUCGAAGGUCGAGGUUCAUCGUCUGAUGUGGAAGGCUUGAAAAACGACAGUACGAAUGCUAUGCAGACUUUUUGAAAGAAGAAUUUGAUGUCAAGACAUACACAGCUCAAUCAAUUCAUCAAGCGGUGAUUGUUGAACAGUUGGCAAAACUUUCUCAAGGAAUCAGUCAACUAGAUAAAGAGCUUCAUGUGCAGGUUGUUGCAAGACAUGAAAACUUGCUGGCUCAGGCCACUGGCAUAGAGUCACUGGAAGGAGUUCUUCAGAUGAUGCAGACUCGGAUUUCUGCUCUUCAGUGCACUGUUGACAGGAUCAGAGGAAAAAUUGUUGAUCCUUACAACAAGAUUGUUGCUCGGACUGCACAGUUGACCAGAUUGCAGGCAGCUUGUGAUUUGCUUCGAAGAAUAAUCCGUAUUUUGUACCUGAGUAAGCGAUUGCAAGGCCAACUGCAGGGAGGCAGCAGGGAGAUUACUAAAGCUGCACAAAGUCUCAAUGAACUGGAUUAUCUUUCACAAGGAGUUGAUCUCUCUGGGAUUGAUGUUAUAGAAAAUGAUCUUCUUUUUAUUGCAAGAGCCCGACUUGAGGUUGAGAAUCAAGCCAAGCGGUUACUUGAACAAGGAAUGGAGACACAGAAUCCUACACAGGUAGGAACCGCACUUCAAGUUUUCUACAACCUUGGAACAUUGAAAGAGACCAUUAGUAACGUAGUAGAUGGGUAUCGGCUGUCUCUUGAAGAUAAUAUUGGCAAUGCUUUGGAUAUAAGAGUGUUAACUCAGCCAAUUCAAGCCACCAUGAGAGGACCUGGACGAGCCACAAUGCCUCCUCCAGGCAAUACACCAGCUUUCCGUGCAGCCCUUUGGACAAAUAUGGAGAAACUAAUGGAUCAAAUUUGUGCAGCAUGUGGACAAGUGCAGCACCUACAGAAAGUUUUGAUAAAGAAAAGGGAUCCUGUGACACAUGUCUGCUUUAUUGAUGAAAUAACUAAGGACAGUCACACAGACAUCUUGUAUGCUUUCUGGAACUCUGUUACUGAAAUGCUGACACUGAAAUUCCAGCAAGCUACAAAUUCAUCUACAUUUCUGAAGCAAGCAUUUGAAGGAGAAUACCCAAAGUUGUUGCGGUUAUAUAAUGACUUAUGGAAACGUUUGCAACAGUACAGCCACAGUAUACAAAGUAGUGUAACCACAGGAGGAUUUUCUGACUUGCCUCCUGAAUUUCCACUGGAGGAUGAAGAUGCACAAGAUAUAUUUAUGUUGAAGAAGCAGGAUUAUGACCCUGAAAAGUCCUUGAAAGAUUCUCUACAAUUCUAUGAAUCUGCCUACCUCUCGAAGUCAUUAUCACGUCUGUUUGAUCCAAUCAAUCUUGUCUUUCCUCCUGGGGGACGUAAUCCUCCUUCAGAUGAUGAACUUGAUAGCAUCAUUAAAACAAUUACAAGUGAAUUUAAUGUGGCUUCUGUUGAUCCAAAUCUGUGCCUGGCUGUUGCAAAGAAUGUUGCUAAAACCAUUCAUUUAUUUGGAGUGAAAUCGGAACAGCUACUCUGUACUCAAGGAGAUGCAAGUCAAGUGAUUGGGCCUCUAACAGAAGGACAGAGAAGGAACGUAGCAGUCGUGAAUUCAUUAUACAAAUUGCAUCAGUCAGUGUUGAAGAUGCUGUCUACCCUGAGUUCUUUCCCUUCAGCUGUUGAACAAACAGUUAGGACAGCACUGGAGACAAUUCAAGCUCUCAUGGGAAGUGCAAUACAGCCACUGCUAAAUUCUGUGGAAGAUUCAGUUGAAGCCAUUAUCAUCACAAUGCACCAAGAAGAUUUUGCAGGGUCCUUGUCUGGGAAGCCAGAGGUGCCAUGCUCUCUUUACAUGAAAGAAUUGCAAGGUUUCAUAUCACGAGUCAUGAGUGACUACUUUAAAAAUUUUGAAUGUGUGGAUUUCAUAUAUGACAGUACAGAAAAUAUUGCACAGAGGACUAUUCAACUAUUUAUUCGUAAUGCAAGUCUACUGAGACCUCUUGGUGAGGGAGGUAAAAUGAGACUGGCUGCCGACUUUGCACAGAUGGAAUUAGCUGUGGCACCACUUUGCAGAAGAGUAUCUGAUCUAGGAAAAUCAUACCGAUUAUUAAGGUCAUUCAGACCGUUACUUUUCCAAACAAGUGAACAUAUUGCUAAUAGCCCAGCGGCAGGGGAUAUAAUACCAUACAGCACUAUUCUUCAUUUCCUCUUCACCAGAGCGCCUACAGAUCUAAAGUCACCUCACCAGAGAGCAGAGUGGUCUGUAGCAAGGUAUUCUCAGUGGCUUGACGACCAUCCGUCAGAAAAGGAUCGAUUAAUUCUCAUCAGAGGUGCUCUUGAGGCUUAUGUUCAAUCAGUACGAGCAAGAGAAGGGAAAGAAUUUGCUUCCGUUUAUCCAAUAAUGCUGCAAUUGCUCCAAAAAGCCAUGACUUCAGUACAGUAAAUAAGUUUUUUUCCUGAACCCAAGCAGGAUUUGCUGUCUGUUUAGAUAAUUCAUAAAUGUGACAUUAAUUGUUAAUUAUUAACUUUCUGGUGUUAUAACUUUUAAUUUUACUGGAAAAUUUUAUUUUACUUUUGAGAGCAGUAUAAUCUACUUUGGUAAAUUAGUUAAUGAGGUGACUUGGUUAACGGAAAAAGAGGCUACUAUUUGAAUGAUGCAUAAGAUAUCCUUACAUCAACUUUAAGAAUUGAUGUUUAAAUUUAAGAUUACCAUGAACUGACUAUAUUGUGGAUCCAAUUAUUAAACGAUAGUUUAUUGAACUUGGUGAAAAAGCUUCUCUGGGGCAUUGCUUUUAACAUACUGCCAUUCACUAAACUCCUGAAUGAACCAAGAAUCAUACCUAAAGUAAGCAUUUAAUUUAAUGCACAGUAGAUAUGAUGUAAACUAAUCAAAUCUGUAAUAAAUUAAACUAAUUCAGCAGUUCUGAUUACAAUGCUGGGAUCAAAAGCAAAAUGAAUUUUGUGAGAUAAGCAUAACUUACAAAAUUGUUUAGAUUUAUUAAAGAUGUCAACUCUGUAUACUGUUUCUUUAAUGUUACUUCACAUCUUGUUACUGAACAUAAAAUCUUAAGAGCUAUUAACCCUUCCCAUCGAAAGUUAUGUUUUUUUUUGUUUCAAGUCCUGUCAAAGAUUCAGUUGAAAUGUGUUUAGUUCAGCAGUGCAAAGUACAGUCAUUCCCGACUCUCAUUACAGCAUAUUAAAAGUAUGGCUAAAGGAAAUGCCACGCAUACUCUCCUGAUUGCUGCAACUAACCCUCUGUCUUAUGUGGGCAGAAAAUCAAAGGUACAGGAAGGACAAAAGAGUUAAACAGUUUAAAUAAUAGUCAUGGUUGUGGAGAAAAUGGUGUUGCUGUAAUCAGUCAAAUGAUAGUGUGCCUAUGUUAAUGUUUUUAAACUUUCGUCGUGAUGCCCUUUGUUUGAAUAAGUCACUUUAACCCUUAAAUCAUAUCUGUUCAUUUUACAUCAGCCUAUGCACACA